CGCUGCGGCAAGACUACAUUUGUUGUGGUGUCAAAGAUCUUAUUUCGAUUGGGAAGGUCUCCUUCCGAGAUAAAAUGGAUAUCUUUGCCGAUCUCCCAACACAUGGUCAUAAGGAUGGAGCUAAUCUAAGUAAACCCAAUGUGACAGAUGUUAAGGUAUCCACAAAUGACCAAGUGGAUAAGAAAAUAGAAGAUACUAAUUCAUUAUAUCAAGACGAAGUAAGACAAGAAGGAGGAGAAGAGGAGACUGGACAUCUAAAGAGAAGAUCUGUCAAUGAGCAAGGAGACGAAGUACCUGCAAAACGAUUGGCUACAGGAAUGUACAGUUUACAUGGCUACUAUGCAGAAAGAAAAGGAGAAAGAAAUGAAAUGCACGAUAAGCAUGUCAUCCUGGAUGACUUCUCACCACACUUCUCAAAUCUUCCUUCUACUGUUUCUCGCUUGUCUUUUUACGCAGUCUACGAUGGACACAGUGGUGACAAGGCAUCAAAACACGCAGCAAAGACGCUCCACAAACACAUCAUUGACACAUUCCCAAAGACGGAGACAACGAACCGUGACAAAGAGAUAAAGAAGUGCCUCAUCGAGACGUUCAGGCUCACCGAUGAAGAGUUUCUCAAACAAGCUUCAGCCAGCAAGCCUGUAUGGAAGGAUGGAUCUACAGCAGUCUGUGUUCUGGUGGUGGAUAACACUCUCUACAUAGCCAACCUUGGGGAUAGUAAGGCAUUCCUUUGUCGCUACAACCCUGAGACUCAAAAGCAUCAGUUCCUACCACUUUCGAAGGACCACACCCCGACCGAUUACGAUGAGAGAAUGAGGAUACAGAAGGCUGGUAGCAAUGUGAGGAAUGGAAGGGUAAUGGGCAUUUUAGAGGUCUCGCGGUCAAUCGGUGAUGGACGUUUCAAGCGCUCGGGGGUCAUCUGCACGCCGGACAUCAAGAAAUGCCAACUGGGAGACAACGACCGCUACGUCCUGCUCUCCUGUGAUGGAUUAUGGGAAGGCUUCGAUGCCGAAGCUGUUAUGCAGUUCACCAACGAUAUUCUAGAUGGAGAAAAUGUCAAGCAAUCAGAAGGAAAGUCUAAGGAUGAUGUGCUGUUCGAGACAGCAUGUAACAGACUGGCUUCGGAGGCUAUACGAAGAGGGAGUUCAGACAAUAUAACAGUCAUCUUGGUGAACAUUCAGAAAAGCUAGGGGCAAAUACAGGAGAUUCAUUGACAAUAAUUCAUUGCCUUAUUCAGACAACUAGAAUGAGAUUGGAUCCAGAGGCUAUUCGAAGAGGGAGUUCAGACAAGAUAAUAUUCAUCUUGGUGAACUUUAAGAAAAGCUAGUGGCAAGUACAGGAGUUUCAUCGAAAAUUGUUUCAUUGCCUUAUUAAAACAAUUUUUAAGAGACUGGCUCCGAAGCUAUAAGGAGAAGAAGUUCAGACGACAUAACAGCAACCAUGGUUAACAUUAUGAAAAGAAAGGGGCAAGUACCGGAGUUUAAUCGACAAUAUUGCAUCGCCUUAUUUAAACAACUUUUAAGAAACUGGCUUCGCAGGCUAUUAGCAGAGGAAGUUCAUACAACAUACAGGUAUCUAGGGGUGGUAUUCUGAGCACCAUAUUAUCUCUUAAAUGUUUUAUCUUGAUAAAAUAAUCUGUAUUUUGAGACUUUUAACUCGAUCUCUUACUUCUUGCGUGCCUAUUAUAUUUAUAUGCAUGAUAUGCGCGGAUUAUUUCACUAUGAGAAAUGAGAGAGUACUUAAAAUAGGGUAGGGGGCUUAUUUAUCUCUUUGACGCAAGUACAAAGUAUACUGCUAGUCAUGCUAUCAAAAUAAACAAAAAAACAUGUGAGUAUAGACUAUAUUUCUCAAGCAACAUUCUCGUCAGGUUAUCAAGUUUCAUUCCAAGAUUUUUUGGAGACUAAUAUCAUACUUGAAAUGAUGCUUGUAAUGGUGUUCAAAAGCCUCUGGAACUGGCUCAGUCUUUUUUUCAAGGAAAUUCUUAGCAAAAACAUGUUUGCACUUUGAGGCAUACACAACGAAAUUGUAAAAGUUGCACAUACCGAUAAGCGCUCUCUACCGAAAGAGACUGGUAGAACAGCAUUUAAAUUGGCUGAACAUGAAGAGAGUGAAAUAAAACAAUUUUUUAAAUAUUGGUUAUCCCAGCUGAAAUGGGCGUAUCUCAGCGAGAUUAAAUCUGGCUGAAAUGAUUCUCAAAAUACGGAUUUAAGAAGAUUUUAAGGGUAUUUUAUCUCAAUUAGAAAAAAUCUCAGAUUUUAGCUGAGAAAAAAAGUGAAUGUCAGAAUACUGCCCCUGGUAAGCUUGAAAUCAUAGAUAAUCACAGGACUAGUCUGAUGUCAGUACAUGUAGGAUUCAGAGCCGAUUUAAACUAUCCACUGGCUAGAAUUAUUACUUGUAUGACUAUUUAGAACUUAAAUCAUAAAUAAUCUAUAUUUGUGAAUGUUCUAGUCACAUGUUGUUGCCUAUUUUUCUCUGAUUCCAAAUUGAUUGUAUAAUGUAUGGUGGCCUUUAACUUCAUCAGAAAACUUGGUCUGAACAUCGGUCUACAGAUAUGUGGCACAUGUGCCUUCUGAUACAUAUGGAACAAAAUAGUGAUGACAUAUUCAAGAAUUUUCUUCUUAACUUUACUACCAGAACUUGAUAUUUUCUUUCAAUUUUGCCUUUAAAAAGUUCAAGAAUUUGCUGCCUCAUUUGAUGCAAAUUCUUGCUUAUUUUUUCAUGUCAUUUCUUUCGUGGAAUUCUUGUGAAAACAUAAUUUUGAAGCCCCCCUAAAGUCUGUGCCAGUCAUUCAAGCCUGCCACCUGUGCUUUUUAAUCAAAAUGGAUUAUAAAUAUUAGAAAAUAGCAUUUUGAUUGACAGCCACAGACCCCCCUGUUCUGGAUGGAAGAGUCAAAAUUUGUUUCAUUUGUAAAGAAUUCAACCUUACAUGACCUGAGAUAUAUGUAUAUUUGUUUCCCAAGAAAAUGUGAAUAAACAACAGUUGUUUCUUAA